AACUUUUUAUCGAAAUCUCUUCACCUGCUUUGAUUCUUCUUCUAAUGUCCAAUAAUGGAAUCCAUGUCUAAUUCCUUAGUUUCUCAAAAAUCACACCGCAGCUUGGGUUUAAGGAGUCCGAUUUGUCCUACUAACGCGAUUCCUGACAGGAAACUUAGGCUUCGACGUGGUAGGGCGAUGGCCCCGGAGUUUGGGAAUAUGCGGAAGCUUGUCCAUGGAGAAUCUGGUUAUGUGCUGGAGGAUGUGCCGCACCUUUCGGAUUACGUUUCUGGCUUGCCUACAUAUCCGAAUCCUCUCCAGGAUAAUCCAGCAUAUUCAGUUGUGAAGCAGUAUUUUGUCAACGUCGAUGAUACAGUUGCACAGCAGAUUGUGGUUCACAAGAGCAGCCCUAGAGGGACCCAUUUUCGACGUGCUGGGCCUCGCCAAAGGGUUUAUUUUGAGUCAGAUGAGGUACAUGCUUGCAUUGUAACCUGUGGUGGCCUCUGCCCCGGCCUUAAUACUGUUAUUAGGGAGAUAGUUUGUGGCUUGGCAUAUAUGUAUGGUGUUUCCAAGAUCCUUGGAAUAGAGGGUGGGUACAAAGGUUUUUAUGCUCGCAAUACUCUUCCUUUGACUCCUAAAAGUGUCAAUGAUAUUCAUAAAAGGGGAGGCACUAUACUGGGAACAUCACGAGGGGGCCAUGCCACUUCAAAGAUAGUUGAUAGUAUUGAAGAUCGUGGUAUCAAUCAGGUCUAUAUUAUAGGAGGGGAUGGAACUCAGAAGGGUGCCUCCGUUAUUUUUGAGGAAAUUAAAAGGCGUGGCCUCAAAGUUUCUGUUGUUGGCAUCCCCAAGACGAUUGAUAAUGACAUAGCGGUAAUUGACAAAUCAUUUGGUUUCGAUACUGCUGUUGAAGAAGCACAACGGGCUAUUAAUGCUGCGCAUGUUGAAGCUGAGAGUAUUGAACACGGAAUCGGUGUUGUCAAGCUGAUGGGUCGCUACAGUGGGUUCAUUGCAAUGUAUGCAACUCUCGCAAGCAGAGAUGUGGACUGUUGCCUGAUUCCUGAGUCACCCUUUUAUCUGGAAGGAAAUGGUGGCCUUUUUGAAUUUAUAGAGAAGAGACUCAAAGAGAAUGGCCACAUGGUUAUUGUUGUUGCUGAAGGAGCGGGACAAGAGCUUAUUGCUGAAAGCAUGCGCUCGAUGGAUCAUGAAGAUGCUUCUGGAAAUAAGCUGCUUCAAGAUAUCGGCCUAUGGUUAUCUCAGAAGAUCAAGCACUACUUCUCGAGCAAGAAGAAGAUGAUCAUAAAUCUCAAGUAUAUUGAUCCAACAUACAUGAUCCGUGCAGUUCCCAGCAAUGCUUCUGAUAACGUGUACUGCACUUUGUUGGCUCAGAGUGCUGUACACGGUGCAAUGGCAGGUUAUACUGGUUUUACAGUGGCGCCUGUUAAUGGCAGACAUGCUUAUAUUCCAUUUUACAGGAUCACUGAAACGCAAAACAAGGUUGUAAUUACAGACAGAAUGUGGGCAAGGCUGCUCUCUUCAACGAACCAACCAAGCUUUCUGAGUCAAAACGCCAUUGAAGAUGCAAAGAAGGAAGAUGUGCCACCAACUCAGUUGUUGGAUGGGGAAAAUGGUUUUAAGAAAUCCAACCAUGAGCUUUCUUUUUCGCCCAACCUACCGAACUUUCUGAGUCAUAAUGGCACCGAUGAUGCGGAGAAAGAAAAUGAGCCUCCAACUCUGCUUCCUGAAGCACACAUUUAUUGCAAAGCACAACUCUGUGAUAAUGGCGUAGCAAACAAAACUUCCGGCAGGUGCUGCUGUCAGUAACUUGAGAUGGUGCUUAUUUAUCUUCUAUGUAAUGCUUCUCUGUGCAUAUAUAAUGGUUUCGAUUCCAAACUUUAAACUGUCUGCGAGAGUCUGGAGCAUGCUGGCAUUCUUGAAGGGGCGUUAACUGUGCGUGUGAAGCUUCUGGCCAAUUGGUCCCAUUUCGUUUAUUUAUUUAUUUUUUUUUUUUAUUUUCGUUUAUCCUGAGUUAGAGGUGGAGAAAUUAUUUUCAUUUGAUCAAGUUUAGUUCACGACUUGAGGAUUUU